GAGACGGCUUAUAUAGAUAAUAAAAAAUGUCUGUGCCUUCACUCUUUAGAUAUGCCCAUUUCAAAUCCAACAAAUCAUAAUGACUACACAAGUGCAACCUCACAAACCAGGUGUAGUUCAUCUAUACCUGGCAUAAGAGGUGUUACAAAGAGGUGCUUCACCACAAACUUGAAAUUAAGUUAUCUUUUAUUCAAGACCCAAGAUCAAAUAUUCCCCUAUCUAUGUAGUGAUUUAUUAUUUUUCUGAUAUUCUUCCUCAUUGUCUUUUGAUGGCUUGUGUCUUUGGUCAAUUUAGGAUUCACAACUGUUGGAUACGCCCUUUACUUUUACACUUACAGUACAUGGAAGGGACGAUCACUGUAUUUGGAGGAUCUGUAUGUAAUGCCAGAAUUUCGAGGAAAUGGCAUUGGCAGUGGUUUACUGAGCAAGGUUGCUGAGGUAGGCAAAAAGAAGAAGUGUGUGCGGUUGCAGUUGUCUGUGUUGAACUGGAAUACUCCAGCUCGAGACUUCUAUGCUACUAAAGGAGCUCAGGACCUUACUGUUAAUGAAGGCUGGCACUCAGUUCGUUUUGAUGGACAAAACCUGGACAAUUUAGCAAAUGAAGCACCUAAA